AGUGUUGGCAGGAUAUAUCAUUUUCGUAUUCUGAUCGGAGGGAGAGAGGGUGUCGUGUAUGGAGGAUCAAAGCGGAGAAGCUGAAGGACAACAACAAUCCUCACUCUCCUAUUUUUCAAUUUCAAUUUAAUAAUAACAAUAAUUCUCUCCACCAAUUAUUAUUAUUAUUAUUAAUUAAUAAUCAUGGGUAAGGGCCCCUUCUCCUUCCGCCGCUCCGCCUCUCGCCGCCGCCCCAAGAAGGCCGCCGCCCCGCCCCCGCCCCCGUCUCCGCCGCAACCCGCCUACGCCGCCGGAAUCGCCGCCUCGCCCGACGACAACCCUAACAACCGCCUCGUCGCAGCCGCGGGCGCCACCGCUUUAACCAAGCCCAAGAAAAAAACCGGUGGGGCCCGGUUGUGGAUGCGGUUUGACCGGUCCGGCCGGUCGGAACUCGUCGAGUGGGAGAAAAACGCCAUCAUCCGCCACGCCGCGAUUCCCGCUAGAGACUUGAGAAUUCUGGGUCCCGUCUUCUCCCACUCCUCCAACAUCCUCGCUAGGGAGAAAGCAAUGGUGGUUAAUUUGGAGUUUAUAAAGGCCAUAGUGACUGCUGAAGAAGUACUAUUGCUUGAUCCUCUCAGGCAGGAGGUUCUUCCCUUUGUUGAGCAGCUCAGGCAGCAGCUUCCUGUUAAAAGUCAACCUAAACUUGCUGGGGCAUCCGAGGAGCGUGAAGGUGAAAUGCAGGCUUCCAAUGGCAGGCAGUGGUUGCCUGUGCCGGAGCUGGCCGAAGGCUUGCAGUCUGAGCUUCCAUUUGAGUUUCAAGUUCUCGAGAUCGCCUUGGAGGCUGUGUGUACUUAUCUAGACUCGAGUGUGGCAGACCUUGAGAGAGGAGCUUACCCCGUGUUGGAUGAAUUGGCUAGGAACGUUAGCACCAAGAAUCUUGAACAUGUGAGGAGUUUGAAGAGCAAUCUCACGCGGUUGCUCGCACGGGUGCAAAAGGUGCGAGAUGAAAUUGAACAUCUAUUAGAUGACAAUGAAGAUAUGGCACAACUAUAUUUGACAAGGAAGUGGUUGCAGAAUCAACAAUUCGAGGCUCAUAUGGGUGCCACAACCUCAAAUAACCUUCUUAGUAUCUCACAUUCUGUUCGUCGACUUGGUUCCACCAGAAGUGAAAGUCUUGCGACCAGCCAUUAUGGGGAAGAUAAUGAUGUGGAGGACUUGGAGAUGUUGCUUGAUGCAUAUUUCAUGCAGUUAGAUGGAACCCGUAACAAGAUAUUAUCUGUUAGGGAGUAUAUUGACGACACUGAAGACUAUGUCAACAUCCAACUUGAUAACCACCGAAAUGAACUUAUUCAGCUGCAGUUGACGUUGACUAUUGCAUCAUUUGCUAUUGCUAUUGAAACUUUGAUUGCUAGUGCAUUUGGUAUGAACAUUCCUUGUAAAUUAUAUUAUAUAAAUGGAAUAUUUUGGCCCAUAGUUUGGGUCACGUCCGGGAUUUGUGUAUUGCUUUUCUUGCUUAUUUUAGCGUAUGCAAGAUGGAAAAAGUUGCUGGGAUCAUAAGUAUACUUCAUCAUACGGUGUUGUGACAAUUGCAACUUUCAAUCUCUGCUGCGAAUGAUCUGAAGAACAGACAGAAACUGGUCACUGGAGAAGUGGCUUAUGAACUAUGAAGGGUGUAUCUCAAUUUCUUGCAAUAUACUUUAUAGUUGAUGUAUAGGAUGUUCCAACACUGCUUUUAGCAUCAUGUGCUUUAUAGCUGAUACUAUUCACACCAUUUUUCAUUUGCCAACUUUAUGGUGUAGUGGGCGUGCAUGUGUUGUUGCCUUUUUUUUAGUCCAUGUGUGAUAUGUUUGGCUUGAUAACUUUAUUUGUGCAUGACAAUUGCAUGAGGAAAAUGAAUAGCCAACAACUCCGUACAAGAGGAUUCACUUUGUAAGGAGACAAAUGGACAAGUAUCAAAAAAUUGGGACCUUCUCAAUUCUCACAAGAAAAUGUUUGUAGAGUCGUUGUAUCUGUAUAUGUCCCAAUACCUGUAUUACUCAGCAUUAUUUAUUUAUUCUUAGAUUUUUUGUACCAAUACAAGACAUUACAGUAGUA